UGGCCAUGACCCCCUCAUCCAGCACCAUGGCCCUGGAGGGAAGGAGAAACAGCAACAACGUGCCAUGCAGCGUUUUCCGUUUAAACGCGGUGAUGGGAAGAACGACGGUUUCAGCAUUAACGGCUUCUGAUCUCUGGAAUUCAGUUACGUGCUGGUUGGAAAAGCAGAGGCCCAGGGGCACGAGGGCUGGCCUGGCCUGGAGGGACACAGGGAUGGGGACAGGGAGCUGCCCACCCCAAAGGGGUGUGUGGGUCAUGAUACUGAUCCUGCUGCUCUGUCCAGGUUUUACCGAACCAUUGAGAAUCAUCUACUCAGAAAUCACGGUACCCAGGCUGCUGGAGACAAAGGAACAGACCUUCCCCAAGGUGGACACGUCCUAUUUAAUAACGGCAGAAGGAAACCACCACAUCGUCCAUCUAACGAGGGCAAAAAAUUUGAUAGCCAAGGACAUCCCAGUUUUCACGUAUAGUCCGGAGGGAAGGCUGAUAACCGAGUUUCCCUAUAUUCAGGACGACUGUUACUACGAGGGGUUCGUGGAAGGUUCCCCGGGAUCCAUCGUCUCCCUCAGCACGUGCUUUGGGAUCAGCGGCGUGUUGCAAAUUGGAGAUCUGUGGUACGAAAUCGAGCCCGUGGAGAAUUCCUUGACGUUUCAACACCUCAUUUACCGGAGGGCGCUGGAAAAUGGCUCAAGCGGGUUGUGCCAAGUGGCCGAAGAACACAAGGCCCACCUGCCUGAAGACGGAGAAUUCGCCAAUGGGAGUCGUAAAAUCGUCUUUGCUGACGAUGUCCUUGAUCCCCCCCUGGUUAUGCCCACCAGAUAUUUGGAGUUGGCUCUAGUCACAAACAAAGAGCUGUUCAAAGUUAAAAACUACAAUGAAACCGAGAUGCUACAUAUGUUCGUUUCCAUCAGCAAUCUCCUGAACACGGUCUACAAGCCCAUGAAGCUGCAGGUCGUCAUCAGCGCGGUGGAGGUGUGGACCAAGGCCGACCAGGUGGCGACCACCCGCAGCCUGGCCGAGACACUGCAAGGAUUUGCUGUGUGGUGCUACAAGGAUGCCUUCGGUCGUAUUAAUUACGACCAUAUCCAGUUAUUGAUUGGUGAGUACGACGAGGAGCGGGGAUUCGCCUGGAAAAGGUCCAUGUGCCAGCUGAACUCCAUGGGUGUCGUCUCGUUUCCUGGCCACGACACCACCAGCAGCAUGUUGAUGCUCGCCCACGGGAUUGGCCACAGCUUGGGCUUCAGCCACGACAACGCCAAGAAAUUUCGUGGCCGAUUCUGCAAUUGCACCUGUUCCCAGACAGGAUGCAUCAUGAGCACAUCCCCAGGAGAUUGCUUAGCUUUCAGCAACUGCAGUAUGGCAGAAUAUUACGACGAAGUGAUAAGGAAAGAUCUACCAUGUCUACACAACAUACCGUCUUUAAAGCCAUUUCUUCUCGAAGCCUGCGGCAACGGUGUCUUGGAUAAAGGGGAAGAAUGUGAUUGCGGCGUUGAUGAGCGUUGCCUCCAAGAAGGAUGCUGCGUCGCCUCCACCUGCUUGCUUGCUCCGGAGGCUUCUUGUUACAGAGGUGGAUGUUGUCACAAAUGUGAGUUUCGGGCAGAAGGUAAAGUCUGCAGAGAGGCCAUGGGUGUAUGUGAUCUCCCAGAGUACUGCAAUGGCUCUUCGGCGCUCUGCCCCUCGGACGUGUUCAAGCAGGACGGAACCCCAUGUGGUGACAACAACCGCUGCUACGACGGGACCUGCCACAGCCACGGGCAGCAGUGCAAAGCUCUGUUUGGCAAAGCUGCCCAACCUGCCUCAUUCAGCUGCUUCAGGGAAGUGAACAUUCAAGGUGACCGGUGCGGGAACUGCGGCUGGAAUGGGACGUACUACACCAAAUGCCAGGAACAGAAUGUCCUGUGUGGAAGAGUGCAGUGCACCAAUGUCAAACGCGUGCCCAUCAGGCACGAAGGCGAGACCGUGGUUCAAACCAUCAUGAACGAUGAGAUCUGCUGGGGACUCGAAUUCCACCUGGCUACAGACACUCCUGACGUGGGAUCCGUGAAAGAUGGCACCUCCUGCGGUAGAAACAAGAUAUGUGUGAACAGGACGUGUGUCAGCGCAGCUUUUCUCGACAGCGAUUGCAGGGAGAGAAAAUGCCAUAACAGAGGGGUGUGCAACAAUAAGAACAAUUGUCACUGUGAUUUUGGAUGGCGCCCUCCGUUCUGCAAGCUGGAAGGAUUUGGAGGCAGCAUUGACAGUGGGCCACCGCCUUCUUUGUACUUGUUGAGAGCCGUAAAGAAAUUUGGAAAAGUUGCCUUAAUAUUACUUUUGUUCUUCUUUAUUUCGGCCUUUUUGAUGUACAAGAGGAACGCCAUUUCUCUGUGGUUUCAUAGGUGUCGACGUAAAAAACAGGAAAAACAACGCCAUAAGAGCAUUCGUCCUCCUCCAAAUGAAGGAAAAGUAGAAGGGGAAAGCUCCGUGUAAGGAUUAAGCCUGAGAAGUGACUCUGGGCAGGAGAAAAGACCCCAGAGGGUUGAAAAGAGCCAACACUUUGAGAUCGGCCGCACGUGUCGCUGGUUCGGCUUUAACCGCAGGAAGCCAAGCUUCCCAAAUUUCUCACCUUCGUUUUGGGUUUGUUCAGCUUUAAAAAACAACGGUGCCUUCACUAAAAUAAACGGGUUUUCUUCCUGUUUCUGUUUACAACAAAUAUUUGUUUUUCUAGGAGAAAGCUGGAGUACACAUUCACCCACGGGUUUCCAUCUCUGCUUCUUUUUGGGGACAGACUUUUGAGCAGGGCUGUUGCGAUAGGACAAGAGGUGAUGGUUUUAAGCUAAAGGAGAGAGAUUUAGCAUAGAUAUAAGAAAUUGUUGGCCCUGAGGGUGGUGAGAGCCUGGCCCAGGUUGGCCAGAGAGGUGGUGGAUGAACCAUCCCUGGAGACAUCCCAGGCCAGGCUGGACGGGGCUCUGAGCAACCUGAGCUGCUGAAGAUGUCCCUGUCAUGGCAGGGGGGGCACUGGGGGAGCUGGGAAGGUCCUUUCCAACCCAAACUAU